AUGGCACUCCCUGCCGGCGAUGGCGUCCUCGGCCUCGGACUCGGCAUGGACGCAGCAGCGGCGCCAGCACCGCCCGAGCCGAUCACAAUGAGCGAAGCCAUCGACAGCCUGCUAAAGCUCCUAAUCCGAAUCCGGCAGAAACUCCACACCCUGAUCUCAUGGUACAUCGACCUAGAAGUGACCCCCAACGCAAUUCAAGCAUACGAGCCACGACUGAUGAUCCUAUAUGACCGACUAAUGGCCAUGCGAACACUAUCAUACACCCAACUACCAUACCUGAUUGACAACUCGGACGCGCUAGCCGCACAAUACCUAAUCGACAUUGCAUCGCAACUAAGCAACGCAGCACACGGGAUCCAGACCAUCUUCGUCAACCACUACGACCGAGACCUGGAAGAGCGCCAACCCUUCGCCGCCAUCAGUGACACACUAGCCUACCGCACCGACCAACUCCGACUCGUCCCGACAUUGAACCCCAGUAAUCCGCUCCGUCUGCGUGCCGAAGACAUGCGCGGCGGCACCAACGAACUGGGCUAUUUCUGCCGCGGCGCCUUGCAACUCAACAACAAUCUUGACAAAGGGCGCGUCUCGUUCGUCGACAAAAAGACCGAGUUGUCCGAAGACGACCGAUUGAAACUUAGGGUUGUUGGCGGCGCCUUUCUCAACUGGGAGUGUCCUGAGUGCGCGUACAAAGGGCGCUAUCAUGUCGCGAGCAGUGGCGCGUCAAAUAUCCAUACGACGGAUGACUUUCGUCAACAUGACGAUGUUGCGCUACAAUAUCGCAGCUCGUUUCUGGCGAAAUGUCAUUUCUAUUUGCCGUUGAGCGAUUCGAAUGCGAUGCCGCCGACGCGAACUCUCUCACGGCGACGUGUGGGUACUGGUGGUGGUGGCCAUGGUCUCGGUGGUGGUUAUGCAAAACCACUCCUUCAAUACGGAUGUGUAUUCUGUUUCGCCCAGGGCGUCCAACUGGACCGCGGGAACGGCGCAUUCAUCACGGCACGCACAUUGGCCGAACAUAUCGCUUUGAAACACGGCGGUCCGCUACUGCCGCCGAGCUUCAUUCUGCAUCGGUUCUUGGUCGCUGUGGAUGGGAAAUUGCUCGAUCCUCGCCAACGCUGGGAUCUGAAUUUUGUUUAG